AUGAUUUUUAAUGUCCUUCAUAUUCUCAGUUCGACUGUCUAUUCGCUCCUUACUAUCGUUCUCUUUGCUCUGACCCUUCUGACGCCGGGCGAUUUCAUCUAUCAGUGUUACGUCAACCACAGACUGGUAAAUAUAUUCAUUGUUUCUGGCGUUUAUAUCAUCACCGUCUUGCUGGGUCUUCUCAUCUACGCCAGCCGCAUCUACACGAAUCGCACCGCCCUCAGCGGAAUCCCGAAGGCAUGGAUACCUGUCGCGAAAGGCGAGGUCGACAGAAGUGUGCAGCGGAUUGUGGAGGAUGGACUUAGUCGGAGUUCUAUUAUUGCAUUUCAGGCACGACCGAGAGAUGUGUUUGAUGAAACCAACGAGCCCGUCCACGAUGCCGAACUCUCCAUCACGGCCGAACGACCCCCUUGGGGCACCGUGUCGCAUGCUGGAUGGUCUGCGCCUUCGUCUCUCGAUCUGCCAGGAUUGCAGUAUGGACCCGUUAUUGAAGAGCUGCCACACCUGAUCGAGGCCAAAGCCGUUUCCCUGGUCCCGUCGGGCCCUAUACACCCAUCGCCCAGCCGUCGUAGUUUUCUUGAUCACUUGGAAAUGGAGGAACAGAGCGUUCCCGAUCCUCGCCUGGUGGAGCUGUUGCAAAGACCUGCGACCGUGGGACUGCGGGAUUAUAUUGGACAUCUCACAGCUUUGAAUUUGAUUAGUCCGCCUGAACUAGGGUUGGACUUUCUCGCUCUCUAUGAACGAGCGCGAUUCUCGUCUCAUCCCUUGUUUGAGGACGAGUUCAGGACGUUGAUGGGCAUAUUUGCGGAAGUGUUGAGAAGUAUGAAAGAGCUGGAUUACCAAUUGGUGCAGGAAAUAUGCGGCGAGGAGGACGACGACGAGUCGCGAGUCGACAGCGAAUCAUUUAUCGGCCCGUCGGAUGAAGAGGGUGAGACUGAUACGUUGGGCUCGGAGGAGAGUCGUGUACCUCUGCAUCGCGAACGGAGCAUGGACUCAUCAUCAGUGUGGAGUAGUAGCUUUCGCUCUGUGCACACGGCGCCGAUGGUCCAAAGCAGUAGCAGCUCACGGGGGCUUUCACGAAAUGCUAGUGGGGGUUUACAGAAUCCGUGGUCAAAUAAUUCUCUGCAACGAGCUCGAUCUAUUGCCUCGCAGAGCUCAGGAUUGGUACACGCAGUCAUGCAGAGUAUACUCCGCCGCGGCGCGCAAUUCUUAUCGUCACGGACUGGCAGCCCCGCCUCUACGAACGAUGAUGGCUUCCAAACCGCGGCGUCGCAGCACGUCCUGUUCCCCAAGGUAGACCCGGCGGUCGAUGGCGAGGACUGCAACCAGGACUGCGCCAGCUGCACCAUUCACUAUCCGGCUCGAUUCGACGUUGAGCUGUCGGACAAGUUGUACGGCAAUGUGAAGGGCUGGGCCACGCACAUCCUCGUGGCUACGGGCAAGGCCGAUUGGGUUCGUGAUGUUGCUGAUGAGAAGGGCAGUGUGAUGGAGGCUAUUGAAAAAGGUGGUUUGAGCCCGAGUAAUGGGACGCUGAAAUUGUCCGCAUCCAAUAUUCCCGUGCCAGACGAGUAUCAUCAUGCCGAAGACGGAGAGAGGCCAACGACAGUCGUUCUUUUUCCCGCCUUCAAGAUCAUCGACCACGUCACUCCUGCCCUAGCUCCGGAUCUGAUUAAAUAUUUCGUCAAUCCGUCUAUCACGACGACGACGCCUCUUCGCAGAUUACCACGGACUACUGCCGAUACUGCUGAUGGGAGUGGCGCAUCGGCAUCAGAAUGGAAAGAAGAAAAUGUUGAUAUCACGUCGUUAACAUCUCUCCGAUCUCGCCCCCUGCCUCAUGCAGCAGUUAUUCUUCUCUGCUCACAGAAAACUCGCGACGCGCGAUGUGGCCAAUCUGCACCGCUCCUGAAGCGCGAAUUCGAACGGCAUCUGCGCACUCAUGGCUUGUAUAGGGAUGCCAAUGACGAGAGACCCGGUGGUGUCUCGGUGUACUUUAUCAGUCACGUAGGCGGACACAAGUAUUCGGCUAAUGUCAUAAUCUACCGACGCCGUGAUUUCGAGUGGUACAAGACUGCUGACUCUGGCGCACAAGAGAGGAAUGAGGAAGAAGACGAAGGUGCGGCGCAGGGUAUUUGGCUUGCGCGAGUGCGCCCGGAAGAGUGUGAGAACAUCGUCAAGCACACCAUAUUGCAGGGCAAGCUGGUCAAGCCGGAUCAGCUGCGGGCUGGGUUUGAUCGAGUGAAGGGGUUGACUAGUUGGUGA